UUGGAGUAUCUGAAGUCCAUAUGGCUAUGUAUGAUGAAGAUAUCUUGAAAAAUCCCUUUUAUUUGGCCAUUCAGAAGCGACGUCCUGAUCUAUGCAGCAAAGUGGCAGAACUCCAUGGUAUUGUGUUGGUUCCAUGCAAAGGAAGCCUUUCAAGCAACAGUCUGUCCACCUGCCAGUUUGAAUCCUACGUUCUGAGGCCGCUAGAAGAAAACUUUCAGACCUUAAAUGGAAAGGAGAUCUUCAUACAAGGAAACCUCAUCAUUUUAGGAACUGGUUUUAAUUACCAUCUCUCAGUACCUGUUCUUUUUGAGGAAACCUUUUACAAUGAAAAGGAAGAAAGCUUUAGUAUAUUGUGCAUAGCUCAUCCAUUGGAAAAAACAGAAAGCUCAGGUGAAUCUACAGCUGCAUCAAACUCCUGUUCUCUUAAAAAUAUUGAGGAUGUUAGAGGAUUCCUGGGAAGGCACUGUGAGAGAUUUGAUAAAUAUAUAGGAUCUUUCUACAGGACGUUUAAAGAACAUGAAAGGAAAAGCCUCCGCCACUACAUAGAUUCAGUCAGCGCACUUUAUACCAAAUGUCUCCAGCAUCUUCUGAGAGAUUCGCACUUGAAGAUGCUCGCAAAGCAAGAAGAGCAGAUGAAUCUGAUUAAACAAGCAGUUGAAAUGUAUGUACACCAUGCUAUUUAUGAUCUAGUCUUUAAAUAUGUGGGGACUAUUGAGGCAAGUGAGGAUGCUGCUUUCAACAAAAUCACAAGGAGCCUUCAAGACUUGCAGCAAAAAGACAUUGGAGUGAAGCCUGAGUUCAGCUUUAAUAUACCACGUGCCAAGCGAGAACUGGGCCAGUUGAACAAAUGUACUUCCCCUCAGCAGAAGCUACUUUGCCUAUGGAAAGUGGUACAAAUUAUUAUGCAAUCUCCUAGCCAAAGAGUUAACAUGGAAACCAUGUGUGCAGAUGAUCUUCUCUCUGUUUUGCUGUAUUUACUUGUGAAAACGGAAAUACCAAACUGGAUGGCCAAUGUGAGUUACAUAAAGAACUUCAGGCUUUGCAGUUCAGUGAAGGAUGAGUUGGGAUACUGUCUAACCUCAAUCGAGGCUGCAAUAGAGUACAUCCGGCAAGGCAACCUCUCUGACAGAUCAACA